AUGAGAACAGCCGAAAUCCUCUCAGACCUGACCUCCCUCCGCGUCUGCGACCCAACCGCCGCCCUCGCUCUCGUCUCCGCGCGCCCCUCUACCACCACCUCAACCCAAGCAUCCCAGACGCCAGAACAGCCCGACGCACUCGCCGAAGACGACCCUGACCUAGCACGCGCGAAGGAUCUGGUGGAGUUGCACUACAAGGUCAAGGUCGCGCAUACGGGCGGGGCGGUGGACAGGGGGCUCAUGGAGGCGAGGGAGGCGGUUAGGAGGGCGGUUGGGUGA